AUGGUCAAUUUCAACUUCAUUACGCUUGCAAGCCUUUACACCUCAGCUGCGAUUAAAGAUGCGGUCAAAAGAGAGGUCUCCUCCGAUGGAUGUAAAAAGGAACUACCCGCCAAUCGAUCGGCUGGCCACGAGUACCUGAUACCCUACAAGGACGAUCAGGGCCACGACCGAGACUAUUUGCUCUUCAUCCCGCCAAAAUACUCCAAAACGACCCCUAAUCCGAUAAUCUUCUCAUACCACGGCGGAACUAAAACUCCCGAGGAACAACGGGAUCUGGACCGCCUAGAAACGCCUUAUUUCAACAAGGACCAUAUAGUUGUGUAUCUUCGUGGUUACGAGGGACGAUGGGAGGGCGUGCCAAAUAUUACAAAGCGAAAUGAUGUCCUCUACACCAACACGGUGCUUGACGAUCUUGAGUCGGCCUACUGCAUCGAUAAGAAUCGCGUAUUCAUGACCGGUAAGUCCAAUGGAGGCGGUUUUACCAACUUUGCUGCAUGCAACAAACAACUGUCGACCCGUUUUGCUGCUUUCGCCCCUGUGUCUGGGUCAUACUACAUCGAAACUGUAACGGACUGCGACCCAAAGACCGUGAAAAUUCCCUGCGAUGCUGGCAGGACAAACAUCCCAAUGAUCGAGUUUCACGGCGGCAUUGACGGCACUAUUCCAUACAACGGCAGCGACAGCCGACGAGGAGCGUGCUUGCCUGACAUCUACCACUGGAUCACGGAGUGGGCGGUCCGUGACGGUCUUGGGGAGGAGGCGGCUAAGUGCAACAUCACUUCAAGGGCACAGAUAUAUCAAUGGGGUUCAGGAGAUCAGAAAGGAUUGGUGUCUCAUGUGUAUGAGAAGGAUGUCGACCACAGCUGGCCUUACACUGGAGUCAAUGACGACAACAAGGCCCACGGGGAUGGUCCGGCGUCAUACAACGCCUCAUCGUACAUCAUGGAUUUCUUCUCGAAGCACCCUCUCAAUUGA